GAGACGAGUUUGCUUGGUACAUUCAUGCAAAUAAGGUGAUAGUACCGCACAAGACACCUCAAGAUACACAGAGAUAGGCGAGGAGGAUGGCGCAGCAAGGUGUUGCUUCCAUACUUGCCGUGGCCCUGGUCCUUGUUGCCUUUGCAUCAUUUCCCGCAGUGCACUCCAUCGGCGUCUGCAACGGCGUGAUCGGCAACAACCUGCCGGCGCCGAGCGACGUCGUGAAGCUCUACCAAACCAAGGGCAUCGAUGCCAUGCGGAUCUACGCGCCGGAGAGCAACGUCCUCAAGGCGCUCAGCGGCACGGGCAUCAGCCUCCUCAUGGACGUCGGCAACGGCGCGCUAACCAGCCUCGCAAACGACCCCUCCGCCGCGCCCGCCUGGGUCAAGGCCAACGUGCAGCCCUUCCCGGGCGUCUCCUUCCGCUACAUCGCCGUCGGCAACGAGGUCACGGACAGCGCCGGCCAGAAGACCAUCCUCCCGGCCAUGAAGAACAUACAAACGGCGCUCGCGGCCGCCGGCCUCAGCGGCAGCAUCAAGGUGUCGACUUCUCUGCGGUUCGACGUGGUCAAUAACACCUCCCCGCCCUCCAACGGCGUGUUCGCGGACACAUCAUUCAUGGGGCCGAUCCUGGACUUCCUGGCGAGCACCGGCGCACCGCUGCUGGUCAACGUGUACCCCUACUUCGCCUACAAGGGCGACCAGCAGAACAUCAAGCUCGACUUCGCCACCUUCGUGCCAGGUAGCACCACCGUGACCGACAACGGGCUGACGUACAGCAACCUGUUCGACGCCAUGGUCGACUCCAUCUACGCCGCACUGGAGAAAGCCGGCAAGCCCGACGUUAAGGUGGUCAUAUCCGAGAGCGGGUGGCCGUCGGCCGGUGGGGUCGGGGCGACGGCGCAGAACGCGCGGGCUUACAACCAGGGAUUGAUCAACCACGUCCGCGGGGGCACGCCGAAGAAGCCCAGCUUGCUGGAGACGUACAUUUUCGCCAUGUUCAACGAGAACCAGAAGACAGGGGAUCCGACGGAGAACAACUUUGGGCUGUUCAAUCCGGACAAGUCGCCGGCCUACUCCGUUACUUUCUACUCAUGGUGGACUCGAUCGACCCCGAACGAACGCCCGAACGUGUAUUGCGCCAAACUGCUGGACAGUAGUGCUGAGAAUUUGCAUAUAAAGAGACGAGUAGUGUGCCUGGUAUACAUACACUGCAUUCGUUGCAUGCAAAUACAGCCAGAUAUCCUAGAGAACAAUCCACGAUCGAUGGCGAAGCAAGGUGUUGCUUCCAUGCUUGCAGUGGCGCUGGUCCUUGUCUCCUUGGCAGCAUUUCAUACAGAGUGCAGUGCUCACCGGGCAGCUAACCCCGACGGACAUACGAAAGGGGUGCAUUCCAUCGGCGUCUGCAACGGCGUGAUCGGCAACAACCUGCCGGCGCCCAGCGACGUGGUUAAGCUCUACAAAUCCAAGGGCAUCAACGCCAUGCGGAUCUACGCGCCAGAGAGCAACGUCCUCAAGGCGCUCAGCGGCACGGGCAUCGGACUCCUCAUGGACGUCGGCAACGGCGCGCUCCCCGGCCUCGCCAAUGACCCUUCCGCCGCGGCCGCCUGGGUCAAGGCCAACGUCCAGCCCUACCCGGGCGUCUCCUUCCGCUACAUCGCAGUCGGCAACGAGGUCAUGGACAGCGACGGCCAGAAGACCAUCCUACCGGCCAUGAAGAACCUCCAAGGGGCGCUCGCCGCGGCUGGCCUCGGCGGCCGCGUCAAGGUGUCCACGUCGGUGCGGUUCGACGUGGUCACCGACACCUUCCCGCCCUCCAACGGCGUGUUCGCGGACCUUGACUACAUGGGGCCCAUCUUGGACUUCCUCGUGAGCACCGGCGCGCCGCUGCUUGUCAACGUGUACCCCUACUUCGCCUACAAGGGCGACCCGCAGAACAUCAAGCUCAACUACGCCACCUUCGCGCCGGGCAUCACCGUGAACGACGACGGCAACGGUCUGACCUACACCAACCUCUUCGACGCCAUGGUCGACUCCAUCUACGCCGCGCUGGAGGACGCCGAGACGCCCGGGGUGAAGGUCGUCGUGUCCGAGAGCGGGUGGCCGUCGGCCGGCGGGUUCGGGGCGACGGCGCAGAACGCGCAGGCGUACAACCAGGGGUUGAUCAAACAUGUCGGCGGGGGCACACCCAAGAGGCCUGGGCCGUUGGAGACGUACAUGUUUGCCAUGUUCAACGAGAACCAGAAGACAGGGGACCCGACAGAGAACCACUUUGGGCUGUUCAAUCCGGACAAGUCGCCGGCCUACUCCAUUAGUUUCUGAGCGCGGUAAACGCUGGAUAUUUUGUGUUUGAAACUUUGAAUAAGCUGCCUGGUAAUGCAAAAUGCAUGCAUUUCGGUCAACUACUCGUGUGUGUGUGUGUGUGUGUGUGUGUGUGUGUUAUGUUCUACCAUUUUCAGAAAUCUGCAAUAAAACAAAGUAAAAGAAGAAAAGAAGAGGAUUGAUUUCCACUUCUACAUCCCAUAUUUUACUCUCAA